UAGCUGUCAAAACAAAAGAAUUCAAGAUGGCUUUCGCCAACUUGACGUUUUGACCAUUAAAAAUUUUUGAACACCCAAUUUUUCAAUUUCUCAUUAGAUUCAAAAUUUCACAUGUUAUGUUGCUGUUAUGUUAUUGUCCUUAAGAAAUGUGUUUUUCCCGUAAGACAAGUUCCAAACCCGUUGUAUUCUGAGUUAAUGAUGUUUUAAAUAGAUAUUAGAAAUUGCCCAUUAAUGUAUGGAAUAUAUUAUUUGGAACGAUUAUUUCUACGUAUUAAGUUUUGAAAGUCAUUGAUGACCGAUAUUUGUUGAAGUUAUUAGAGUAAUGAAUACAGUAUUUGUUGCUUGAGUUGUAAUAAACAAUAAAGAGGGCAAAAUGGAAGCAAUGCAAUAUGAAUUAUCAAGAAAUAUGACAUUAUUGUUCUUUUUUGAACGUCUUAUGGAUAAAGGAGAACCUAGGACUCUUCAUGAUUUGAGCUGCCAGUUUGGAUCCAAAGGAUUCACUAAAGAAAUGAGACAAAUCGCUGGUGGUUCUCAAAGUGGCCUUAAAAAGUUUCUAGGACAGUAUCCAAGUCUUUUCAAGAUCGAUGGGGAAUAUGUUAUGAUAAAUAUGUUUCAAACUGAAGGAGGGAAAGAUGCUGAAGGUGGUAAAGACUACACAACACAAGCAGUCGAAUAUUUCUCUGAAAAACUCGCCCAGUAUGGUGAAGGUACUGAAGUGCCAAUAAGAAGCCUGUUAGGGCAUCGUUCUCAAGCCAACCCAGAAGUAAGACAUGUCUCUGGUCAACAUUUCCAUGAAUUCAGGGAAUUUUUGUUGAAACACCCAGAUGUGUUCACAGUUGAUGAUGAGAAAGAGAGUGUGGUUUUGACCAAUUACACUGAUGUUAAAUCUCACUGCCCUCCUGAGUUGCACUUUCAACCAGAUGUUAAAAUUGAUCCUGAAAGCACUCAGACACUGUUAGAUUUCCUUGCUCACUGUAUUGACCUGAAAAAGGGGCCAAUAUUGGUCGAACAGCUUUUCCAAAUAGUCUGUUGUAAUCUUCCUGAAGAUAUCUGGUCUAACCUAUUUAAUACUCCUACUCAUUUACUCAGUUUUCUGAGGUUAUUCUCUGAUAGUUUUCACAUUCAGUCGAAUCUUGUGACUUUACUGCAGCCUCCGAAAAUAAAUCAGAAGCAUAUAAGUACAGUUAUCAAAGAUGUGGCAGCUAAAAAUAAGGCUAAUAUGGAUCUGAUGUUGCAAAAUGAGAAAAACCAAAACAUGAACAAUGUACAACCUCCUACUCCGAUUAUUUCAAACGACAAUAACAACUUGAACAACAAUGUGCCAGUGCCAGAGAAGGUUCCCGUUCAACCCCAACCUUUGAGUCCUAGAUCGAUAAGCGAUAGGCUGAAACAGCCCAAACUUCAGCAGAAGCUCAAUGAAACUCUUAAGGCUAAAAGCCCUGAACCACCAGUUCAGCAAAGUUUACCCUCGCUGUCUGUACCAGAGGACAAAAAUAGAGGAUCGAACAUGAAACAAACUCUUACGAAAAAACAAUCGACAGAUUCAAACGAAGACUCUAACAUGUCCCAGGACUCCAACAGAAACCGAAGCCAAAAUUCCAACCAGACCCUGAAAGAACGAAUAAACUCCCUUGUACUCAAGACGCUCCAGGAGAACACUGGAAGAGAGAACAGACAGAAUAUGCUCAACAAUCAAAAUUCUACCUUACACGGCGAUUCCUGGAAAUCGAAGGUGUUCCAGAACACCAGGGUGAUAUGUAGCGAGAAGGACUGUCAGAUGGUGAUCAACGACAUCAUGAGAAAGAACCAGCAGCCUGUUAGAAAGGAUGAGGGUGAAGACGAUUGGCCCUUCACUGAAGACAAGAUAGUUGUUGGCUUCGAUUGCGAAGGGAUCAAUUUGGGCAUUAAGGGGCAACUAACCUUGAUGCAGAUAGCGACUAUGACUGGUUUUUCGUAUGUCUUCGACUUGAUCUCUUGUCCCGGCAUGAUCGAGAAUGGCUUGAAGAAGCUGCUGGAGAGUCCGAAUAUCGUUAAAAUUAGUCACGAUUGCAGAAACGACUCGGUUAACUUGUACCAGCAGUUCGGGAUCACCCUUAGGUGCGUAUUCGACACUCAAGCGGCGCACGCAGUUCUUACUUAUCAGGAAACUGGCAGGCCGGUUUAUAAGGCUCGUUGCGUUGCCCUAAACGCAUUGUGCGAGUACUAUGGGGCCCCGGUCAACCCGAUGAAGGAUCAGCUGAAGAAUAUUUACAGACGAGAUCAGAAGUAUUGGUCCAAGAGACCCCUCACCAGGGAGAUGGUGCUUUAUGCCUCAGCGGACGUUUUGAGUCUUGUGAACGAGAAGAUUUAUUACCCGAUCUGUCGGGCUAUCAAAGAGGAGAACAGGAAGCUGUUCCUGGAACUGUGCCAUGAACAGAUUUUCAUGAAUAUCACCCCAGAUGAGGUUAAAUUGAGGAAAAGACAGAGAAAAACCGAGAAAGAAGUAGCCCAGUUGAGGGCUAAGCUAGCUACAGCAUCUAAGAGUGUUGUUUUGAGUAAUAGAGAGGUUAGACUUUUGAGAUUCAUCGAGCUGACAGAGGAAGAAAAAGAGAAACUGAAGUCGUCAGCGAAGGUAGCCAAGAAACUGGAAAAGCUGGAAAGCCUGGGCCAGGAAAAAGAGCCAGAUUCCUCCGACGACGAGGACAACGACCAAGACUACCCCAGCCUGGAGUCCGACAUGACCUCCCCGAAGAACUCUGGACCCACCAGCCUCACCGAAAGCAUGCAGCUCGUCGAUACCAUCCUCAGCAAUUCGAAGAUCGACAGGUUCGACAAGAUCGACCGUCUGGAGUCCAUCCUGACGGCCACCGCCCUGCUACCGUCGAACGUCGACCUGCCGAACGUCGAACUUGACAGGUGUCACUGCAACUGUCACUCCGGGAAACAUUUGAAUAACGGCCUGAAGACCGACAGGGAGAUGACGCCCAGCGGAAAUUACAAGAGCGUGGCGCAGAAUUCCGACGAAGUACCGCCUAAACUGGAUCAUUCGAAUGUGGAAACCCAGACGUUGAGUACGGGGGACAUUGUCGUUACAAAGAUUUAUUUCAACGAAAUGACUGACUAGGGAUCUUCCGUUUAAAACGAUGGGUAGUUGUAGUAUAUGGCAGGUAUUUAUUAGAUUUAGAUUAAUCUUACGUUUAGGGUGCGAAAACUUGAAAGAAAUUGUUUUCGGAACGAAACAAGGUAUGUCAGUAUGUUAAAUUGAAACUUUGUGCUCAAUCGAUAUUAGAAAUUGGGGUAGAAGAUGGUAAAAUUGACUUGGUGACUUAAACUCAACAAGUCGCUGGGUUUUUUUCGUUUUUACGUUUUGAUUAUUUUUGAUCAUGACGUUUGUUGCAAAGUAACUUCUCGAAUACCAAAGAGGUUUAAAGUAUGGAUCGGAACUUGCAGUACGGAUAUAAUUGGUUAUUUAACGAAUCUAGUUCUUAUUGAAUUGUUUUUCGAUUCGUUCUGAUAAUUUUUGCUUGAGUUGAAUUUUUUCCUAACGUCAAGUCAAUAUUUUUAUGCCUUAACUGAAAAUUAACCUUCUUUUUUAUAUUCUACAUUUUAAAACAUACUAUUUAUACAUUUCUGCUCUAAAAUGAAUUGAAAAGUCAAUAAUUAAUUUUUAUUCGCCUUAAAUAGAAGUUACUAAAACACAUGCCUUGAAGCAAUAAUAUCAUUGUAUAUAAUAGUAGUAAUUGAAUUUUUAUGUAUAUACACAUCGAGAGAAACAUUAACGAACAGACUGUAGGUCUGUCGAGACUGACAAACAGAAGUACCUCCUUGUCUGCUUCAUUUCUGUCAGUUAAAUUCGUUCACUAUCGAUGAGUUCUCUUGCAUUGAAAUUCGAGUAGAUUUGAAUCACUCUUCUUAGGGGCAAUUACCAAUCUAUUUCUCUGUGAUAACUUUAUACUUUUCGAUUUUUUGUUUUUUUUUAAAAGGACGAAGCUUUUUUUCCCUUUUGAAAACGUCCAAUUUUUUAGAAGCCAUAUGGCAAAGUUGCCGAAAAAUUUUAGAAUCAACACUUUUGCACUAUUCAGUAGCAGGGUGUUUUUCCGUUCAGUGUAAUUUGUCUUGUGGAUUCUUUUGUAACCUGUACGAUAGAUUGAAUUUUUUAUUUGUGAAUUGGUUUUGCUUGUAAUUUUGAGAGUUGGAUAUAAACUCUUUAGAAAAUUAAAGGUGCUAUGCAUUGGCCUCAAUUUUAUAAUCAAAAUUCUUCUAGUGAUUAUUAUUUAAUUGAGUUUACCUCAGAGUGAAUUUUUGGUACUUACAGCUAAUUUUAUAAUGAAAUUUAAUGUUUGUUAUUGUUAUCGUAACUAAUAUGUUGAAUUUAUGGUAUCGAAUGACGUAAUUGAAUAAGUAAAAAAAUUUGGUGGUUUAAAUAGAAAUUAACAAGUGUUUGGACAUUGAAUUGCCAGGUUAUUUUAUCUUAAUUGGUUUUUUGAUAGUUAUAUUAACUUGUCUUAACUUCUUGAAUUCAAUUUAAGAUAUACUUAAGACUAACGAAGAAAUCAAUAUCAAUUAUCUUGAGCAAUAUUUGUAUAGAUUUAUACAACGUAUAUUUGCUAGGAAAUGGUUUCUUAUUUAUUAUAACCAAAUGACAAAAUUAAAUAGAAUGAAGAAUAA